CAGAACGUAACGACAGGUGUUUCGUUUCAGCCCUGGUCAAAAACAACUAACAUGUUAGCCAAGCUGUCAACAACGCCUGGAGCGGACUCUUUGGAGCAGCGCAAGGAGAAGAUUGCUUUGCUCAUAAAACUGCAUGUGCAACACAUUCAGCAUAUUGUGAUUAUGAAGAGGCGACGCUCGCAGCAAAGAGCACAACGUCGCCUCCGCAUGCUACGCACAUUUUUCAUGCAACAAAUGAUGCAGCUACAGACCCAAUACGUGCAAAUGUUUACCUUGCUGCGGAAAAAACACUUGGCUCUUAGAGCAGCCGCUCCCACUCCUAUGCGGAUGGAGUUUCUAGAAGAGGCCAUGCAGAAUUAUGAUGACGAUAUGUUCCUGAACACAUUUCACGUGACACGACCCACCUUUAAGUGGCUCUGCACAAAGCUUACCCCAUCACUCAGUAAAGUUGGAGAACUGAAGAAAAGUCAAUUUCCGAUAUCGCCGCAGAAGUGCAUUGCUUUGGCCCUUUACUUUCUUGCCAGUGGAGAGCCCCUCUCGAUGAUAUCUGAGCGUUGUGGCUUGAUCAACAGGCGCAUAAUCAAGUGCAUCAAGAUAUUCUGCACUGUCUUAGUAAGAGGUCUUGGAAGGUAUUUGCAAUUGCUGCCACAAACCGUUGAAGAUUGUGAUAAUGUAGUGGCCGGUUUCCAAAGGGAAAGCAAUAUGCCGCCAGCUCUCGUUGGUAUCUUGGGCGUUUGCAUUGUAGAGAAGCGCCAGACCCCAGGCACGCUGCUUCGCAUGGAGUAUCUGCUCGAUGAUCGAAUGAAUUUUCGUGAGCUUCAGCUGAGCUCUGGUAGUAGAAUGCCACCAUCUCCUAUGUACAGCCAGCCUCCCAAUGCACUCACACGCCUGCCACGCCGUUGCAUCAAUGAGCAUAUGGUGUCACCUUUUGUGUUGGCGCCCCUCAACCAAAAGUUCCCGCUACGCCCAUGGCUGCUACAGCGCUAUCAGAACCCGUCAGCUCCAUACGAAUACCAUUUCAACGAAGUGGCCGAGCACCUACACGAGCUCAGCGACUGUGCGCUCCAUAGGUUGGCGUCUCGCUGGCGUUUCCUUAGCGAACCUUUGGAUAUCUGUUUUGGAACCGCCUUUACUGUAAUUACAGGCGCCUGUGUGCUGCAUAACAUGCUGGAGGAAAUGGGCGAGCCCCAUAUGCUAGAAUGGGGAAACACCGUUGAUGUGACCAGGAUGAAACCAAUGCCUUUCAUCCCCCAAACGGAUACCAGUGAAGAAGCUGAACAAGCGCGAGAUGUCCGCGAUUUUCUGGCACGCACCAUUAGGUCGACCCCAACAGAAAUAUGAUACGGCUUAAAUAUAAUUUAAGAAAUAAAAUGCCAGGUUUUUUACAUUU